AUGCAGGUUCUUGAUUGGCCAGCAGGUGAGCCUGAGCUUGACCACCUGACUUCGCUGGACGUCAACAGCAAUUGUGCAACUCUGAUGGCUGGAUUACUUGCCCGAACACGGUGCCUCAAGUCACUUUCUUGGGGAUGGGAGUACUACCCCGAAGCGGCAACUGUGGACUUUGACGAGAUCAUCGCGGCGUUGUCACACGUCAAGGCUACCUUGGAGAGCCUUCAGCUUAGAGUGGAGUUUUCUCGCCACUGGCGGCUAUAUGAGGAACCAAACUUGACUGCCAACGUCGAGUCUGUGAGUUCUCUUCUCGAUUUCGAAGGGAUAACCAAGUUGGAUGUGCCGCUGGUGGCUCUGGCGGGCUUCGGGGCCGAAGCAAAAUCCCUGGUGUGUUCUGUGCCGCGCAAUGUCGAAGAGCUUUCCCUCUCAACUGGCAUGAUUUACCAAAAUGUCGGAUGGCUGCCGGAUUUGGAUUACCAAUGGCCGGAUGAGGGCAUCCUCAACACGAUUGAGGAAUCGUUCAGGACCUACCGGACCAGCCUCCCAUGGUUGCGCCGCAUCAAGGUCAUUGAUACUGCUGAUUGCUGCCGAGGUGGAGAAAUGGAAAGGGUACUGAGAGAAACCUCUCUUGUUGAUGGUAUUGAUAUCGAGAUUGUUCGUGACACGCCGUCUCCUUGGAGGCAUUAUCUUGAUGACAUAUAG